AUGUAUAUACUACCGAAGUCGCCAACCUCACAGCAUAACGUGACCUGGUACAGCUCGCAAUAUUUCAUUUCAAUCAAGGUGCAGCUGAUGAACGCACAGGAGCAACCUCUAAGGGUGCUAUACUCGAGGGGAGCAGGUUCAGAUAUGGUUUCUGUUGCGAGAACGGCAGUUAUUUAUCACAAUAAAACGCCUCACAUCACCGGUGAAGUUAAACUCCGUAAUGAACGGUUACAUUACCGGUGGAUUUGGACGACGGGCAUCAUUUACUGUUUACUUUUUAUCACAUAUCUUGUAAAGCAAAUAAUAAGGAUGAAGAGACCGAAUAUCCGAUUGGAUACAGUUGGCUGCCUCUUCUACGUGAUAAUCGGCUGUCGACAGGAGAUUUCAACCUUCCAAUAUGUCUCGAUCGUCUUCCAUCGAAGUUAUGGUUACCUUCCACCGGAUGUCGCCCUCCCGAAUGUCCGAUGGCUUGAUGGACAUAAACCAGUGUUCAGUGUGAGCGUCAGGGCUAUCAGUACCGUCCACCCUCAGGACGAACACCUGGAGAGGUUUCUCGUCGCCGUAAAUUCUUUGUCAUCCACGGAUAGAAGAAAACCGCCAGCAAGUGAAAUAGCGUUGAUUACAGCUGCACAGAAUGUCAUCAAAGCGCGUCCAGAACCGAUGGUUGCAUUUAUGUAUAAUGUGCUGGAUAAGUUGAUCGCUCUGAUUGCGAAUCGGCCUUAUUCAGAUGCAUUAUCAAGUGCGUGCUUUGAGACGUUGGGGCAGCUGGUGAAGAUCUGUACAAUGUUGCUCGACUCGUGUCUAGAUAUGCAUGGUCGUAGUGCACUUCUGACUUCCUAUAUCCACUAUUAUAAGAUAGCCAUGAAAGAGUCCAAAGCGAGGUCGCAGCUAUGUAAGGACAUGGCCGCCGAGAAGUGCAAACCUGGUUCACCGGAAACUCAAAAGCUCUACCAUAUCAUCGAGGAUGUGGAGAAGUUGAGUGCGCAUCAUCAGCGAGUCCCCGUCGAGGCGGUGCCAACCACGUCCAAUAAAGCUGUGCAUGAAGAACUGGCCGAGCAAUGGGUUCGCAGUGGCGGUUGUGCCAGGGAAAUGGCCUUUCUGAAUGCGUGGUUCUUUCUGGAACUGAUGAUAAAGUCAAUGGCGGAGUACCUUUCGAUGACCGGUAGAUUAUACCUGACGCGACGAUCACGGUUCAGUGAACGUUUCGUGAAAGCACUUGACUCGUUAUCGUGUGCGACAAUCGCCGAAGUGGUCACCCGUCUUAACAAAGACCCGCGCCAGGCGGUUGCCAUCGCAAAUAGCUGGGCGUUUUUUGUGAGUGGGGGACUUUACGAAUGCACGGAUGACGCUGGCACGCACACGAAUGCUGCCGCUAGCUUGUAUCUGCUGAUGCGAGAGAGCUUCGAAAGUGGCAGCAGCUUGGCAAGAGUGAAAAUGCAAAUCACGAUGUCAUUGUCAACGUUGGUGUCGAAUGCAACUAGGGAGGGUGUAUGGCUGAACGAAGAUUGCCUAAGAAGGAGUCUGAAGACAGUGCUGAUUUACUCUGAAACAGAUGCAAAUACUGAUCCUCACACGCGUGCCAACUCUAGUUUCUCUGAACAGGUCAAAGAUCUCGUUUGUAAUAUUCAUAUGAUACUCUCCGAUACAGUGAAGCUCAAAGAAUUUGCUAAUGACUUUGAGAUGACCAUUGAUCUCAUGUAUCGUGUUGCCAAAGGAUAUCAAACUAAUCCUGAUCUCCGGCUAACCUGGUUGCUCAAUAUGGCAUCUCGUCAUGCAGAUCGAGAGCUUUAUUGUGAAGCUGGACAGUGUAUGCUUCAUGCUGCAGCCUUGGCUGCGGGGACCAUGACAACAUCUGACGAGUACAUGCCAAGAGGAGCGGUCGAUUUCGAAAAGAUUAGCGAUAAUAUUCUGGAGGAAAGAGCCGUGGGUGGCGAUGUUCUGAGUCCCGACGUUGAGGGGAUUUGUGAAUCGCGACAUUUCACAGCAGCUGGCCUGGUAAUUCUCGUCGAAAAAUGUGCAGCGUUCUUCGAAAAAGCUCAUAUGUAUGAAAUGAUGCCAGAUGUGUUCCGUAUUGUUGAGCCAAUUAUACGUGAGUGGCGUGACUACCGUCGGUUGUCAACAAUUUAUGCACGUCUCAGUGACGCUUUGGCACGUAUCGAGCCGACUAUUCCUGUGUUGGAGGAUGCAGCCGAUAUUUGGACGUCACCCUUGAUGAAGUGCGUGUAUUUCUCGUGA